AAAUUGAUACAGAACACUGAUACUUGGGAUUUAUAUCAUUUCAAAACAAAAUCAAAGGAAAGAGGCUUUGACAGGUAAAGGAGGGGAAAAAGGAAAAGCCAAAUCAAGAUUUACGCAGUCCAUUAUCCCUUCUCGAAAGUCAUUAUUUUAUCCAAAAUCAGAAGAAUCGAGAAGAAUCGGUUCUUACAGUGCCUACCUACCUGGACGUCAAUUUCUCGCCGCACACAAAAAAAGAACAUCCCACUUCGCCCCCACCAUACUCAGUUUCGAAUACCCCAAUCUUCAAUCCACACAAAAUGAAUCGCGAACUCAACGAGCUCCUAAAAUGGGGCAUUCAGAACUCCUCCGCAGCGGCCAGCGACCCCUCCGCACCACCCCCCACCCGCUCUCUCGACCCCGAAGUCCUCGGUGCGCUCUUCGGCGGGCCCAGCGAUGCCGACCUCAUGCUGGCCUCGAUGUCGGCGAUCCAAUCCACAGACCCGGAAGUCACGCUAGACGACAAGCUGAUCGCCUUUGACAACUUCGAGCAGCUGAUUGAGAACCUCGACAACGCGAACAACCUGGGCCCGCUGUCCCUCUGGACGCCGCUGCUCUCCUGCCUCGCGCACGACGAGGCCGAGAUGCGCCGCAUGGCCGCCUGGUGCGUCGGCACUGCCGUGCAGAAUAACGAGAAGAGCCAGGAGAGGCUGCUGGCCAUGAACGGCAUCCCGCCGCUGGUCAAGCUCGCUCUGGGGCAGGACGAGGCGGAGAAUGUUCGAAGGAAGGCUAUCUACGCCUUGAGCUCAGCAUGCAGGAAUUACCAACCAGCCAUGGACGCCCUGACCACCGAACUGGCCAAGCUCGGCCGGAACCAGGACAAAGUCGAUGCUAGCGAUAUGGAUGCUUGCGAUGCUCUGAUGGGAGGUCUGAGGGAAGAGGCUAAGAAAGCCAACUAAGUCCUUCUCUUAUCAUGAUGAAAAAAAGAUGAAGAUUAAAAAGAUCUUGCAUUUGCAUUUGCAUUGGAAAAAGGAGUUUCGGAGUUCUCGUCUUUGAAUACAUAGAUGGAGCUGCUAGCUAUAUGGAUGAUGAGCUGCAGCUACACAUUGUACUACUGUGUCUGGGAAGGUUUCGAUAUGGGCUACUACGAGAGACUCGCAAUUCCUUAAUUGCAAAAAAGUUCAUCUUUAUGAUUUAUAUAAACCUAGAAUAAAUCCCAGUUGUC